AUGUCCACCCCAUCAAGGGCCCCCCUAUCUAACUCUACAAAUUCCCCUUCAUCACGUCGCCCCUUGAACGAGAAUAGUCCAAGUAGACCGGGCCAUUCAACCUCAGUGCCGUCUACAACCGGUCAAGGCCUUGCUCGCACCCCCUCUCUCCGGCAGCAACGACCUCUGCGCAAAGCACCCACGCGAACAAGUACCUCCUUUGCGUCUACCGACGAGGGAACCGAAAGCGAAGAAGCCAAGUCUGCAAAUGCACAGUUGAUCUCGGACCUCAGAGAACAAGUGCAGCGUGCCGAGCAGGCAUCCGAGUCAUACAGAAGGCAAUUAGAAGGCAUGCAGCAACGACUGGAUGAAGCAGCAGCAGAGCAGACUACUGCCGAGGAACGAGAUUAUCAGAGGCAGACCGAGUUGGAUCAACUAAAGGCGGAACUGAAAGAGUGUGAAAGACAACACAGGGAGCUCAAAGUUACAUACAAUGAGGACAGGGAGACAUUCUUGCAAGAGCGUGAGAGACAAGCCAGCAAAGAGGCGGAACUUCAAGGAGUGAUCAGCAGAUUGAACGAGACGUUGCGCACCCGAAGCACUGAGAAGAUCAACAACAGCCGCUUCAGUGCGAGUUUCUCAAAGGCCGAUACUCCGGCCGAAAAUAUUGAGGGGAGCCGGGUACGUGACAGCAUAGCUCCGGAUAUACUGCAGUCGCUCCAGGAGAAAGACUCGACCAUCGAGGCUCUCAAGUUCGAUUUGGCGGAAGCGCAGCUGAGAUUAGCUGAACAAGAGCAUGUUGGUGAUGGGCAACUUCAGUCGCUGGAAAGGGCGAUGAUGGAAAUCAAGAUGCAAAACGCGCGACUAGUCGAAGAAAAUGAGAGUUUCCAGAUGCUUCUUAGCGAGAAGACUCUGAAGGGGGAUUUCAUCCAUGGCCAGCAUCACUCAGAGGAUUCCGGCGGCAUGAGUUCCUUGGCAGAAGAACUUGAAUCCACCGAGGAAGCCGAGAAGACGGACGCGUUCAGGAAGCUCGAAACAGAGUAUAGGGUACUCGAAGAGCAGAACAAAGCACUCGGUCUCUACAUUGACAAAAUCAUUGGCCGUAUGCUUAAGAAACCUGGCUUCGAGCACAUCUUCCAGGACACCGAAGAGGUGCCUGCCACUCCGCCCAAGCGCGCGACCACCGACAAGGCACUGCCUGCGGUGCCCGAUGCGCAAAAUGCGGCACCCGCCGCUGUGAGCGGGUUCUUGCAGCGAGCACGGUCUGUUGUGUCACGACCUGGAGGGGCUAGACCCCGGCCAAUGUCCUACGCGCAGCCUUCAGCGCCGUCUGCAAAUGAGAAUCCUGAGACGGCUCCCAGUAUCCCACUCUAUCGUGGCCAGCACCGCCGGGCUAGGUCUGACCAGGCCGAGACCGACAUGGCGGCGGCUGCAGUGGUCCAGCAGAUGAAUCGUGGAUCUCCCAUGCGUACUGCUUCGGGUGGACCUAUGAGUCCUGGGCUCCGCCCCCUGAGUCCGUCGAUUUCUCAAGGGCGCGGAUCGUACUUCCCUCGUAUGCCUUCAGGUACACGUGUUAGCUCCGCCAACAGUGUCACCAGUGAUCACAGCGACGAACAGCGGUCGACGACUGACGGCAGCUCUCCUGUGGGGGUGUCAGGAGGGGCCCCCAGUCACCAACCGCCGGCCAAUAUUCCUGGGGCAGUGAUGAAGCAGAACCAACUCCGACCACUGCGCCUGGUACAAACCCAGAAUGCCGAAGAGGAGGCUCAGAAACGUGCCAACAGAAGCAGCUGGAUGGGCUGGUUACGCGGGAGCUCAAUCGAAGCGCAGCAGAAUGAGUGA